AUUUGCUUCUGACUGACGGAGCUGCUUUUUGUUGCCGUUUUCCAACACAAACACGGAUCGCACCGAGUAUCCAAAGACUCACUCUAAACCUUCGUUUCGAAUCGGUUUGAUCAGGGAUAUUAAAGGAAGCAGCUGGAUGAAUUCGACUCAAAUCAAAUGAGGCUUUGCUGGCAUCUGACCUAAAAAAAUGAAGACGAAGGAGGAUGUGGAUGUUAACACAAGACCUUGCAGGGAAGCAUUACCUUUCUGAUAAAACGAUUGCCUGCCCUCUAUUUCCACAUGCCUGCUCUGCUUUAUUGUCAGUAUGUCUCUAAAAGACAACAAACAUGGGAACAACACACAGAAGGACCACAGUCACAGGCUCCACAACUUGCCACUAACUGACAACUUUGGGAAAAGAUCUAUUAGGACAUUUCUGGACUUCAGGCACGCAAACACACCAGAAAAUCUUGACAUCAAGGGCUUCCCACUGUUGUGGUUAAUUAACCUGACGUGCAUCUCGAAAGUCAAGGUCGUUAGUUUCCUUGUGUGUCUGUCACUGUUUUUCCUCAUCACGGCUUCAUACACACUGAUGUUGGACAGAAAAGGAGAUUUGCUAUUUACCUUCCCCCAUCCUGUCAGACCCCAGUUUAUCACGACCAGCACAACAAAAGCUCAGGUUUCUCAUGACAAGAGUUUAAUAAACGUAAAAAUGCUGGUAGAGAUGAUUAACUCCAUUGAGCAGAGCACAUCCAGGAAGGUACCCAAUGAAAAAGAUAUCAUCAACACAGAUCCACAUUUCUUUUCAGUGAUUCCUCGAAGUUUCCUGCCCAACAUCAAGAGCCCAUGCUGGUAUGAGGAAUACUCUGGCGAAACUGGCAUGGACCCAUACAAGAACAACCACUUCAGUCUACGCUCAAAAAGUUUCAAGAAUGUGUGUAACCACAUGAGAGACCGAUUCCAUCAGAACUUAUGCAACAUAGACGGGAAACUUUUUCGACUGCGCUGUUUGCCCUACUUUUACAUUAUAGGUCAGCCAAAGUGUGGCACAACAGACCUGUUUCACAGACUCUUGAUGCUACCAGAGGUGAAAUAUAACACCAUUAAGGAGCCACAUUGGUGGACCAGGAGACGCUUUGGUUAUAUCCGUUUCAAAAAAGGCUUCCAGGAGCGUUUUCCGAUAGCAGAUUACCUGGAUUUGUUUGAUUUGGCAGCCAUGAACAUCCAAGAAGCCAUCUGUGGAAAUUCAUCUGGAGAGCACCCUGCACUUCAGAUUAUAACAGGAGAUGCCAGUGCAUCCACUAUGUGGGAUAAUCAAGCCUGGAGCUAUCUCCAUGGAAACGUGAAGCAGAUAGAACCUCACUUUCUGGCUCAGGACUUCAUUCAUUCUGUUCAACCUGGUGCCAAGAUCAUCAUUAUGCUCAGGGAUCCAGUCGAGAGGCUGUACUCUGAUUAUUUGUACUUUACCUUGGCCAACAAGUCUGCAGAGGAUUUUCAUCAGAAGGUUGUUGAUUCUGUCCAGUUGUUUCAGUCCUGUCUCUCUGAGAGGUCCCUACGAUCAUGUGUCUACAACACCAGCCUUUUUAACACCAUGCCGGUGAGAGUGACUCUGGGAAUGUACUUUGUCUUUAUUUUGGACUGGCUGACAGUUUUCCAAAAAGAGCAGAUUCUAGUUCUUCGACUUGAGGACUAUGCAGCUAACCUUAGAAGGACAAUCAGAAAAGUUUUUGAUUUUCUCAGUGUGGGUCCUCUGUCAGAGCAAGUGGAAGCAGCACUGACCAAACGUCCCAUGUCCAACACGCGUCGGGCAAAAGACAGGAGCCUUGGUCCUAUGCUUCCAGCCACCAGAAACCUCCUCAGUCAGUUUUACCAACCCUUUAACAUUAAACUGGCCAGCAUAUUAAAUGAAAAGGCUUUCAUCUGGACUUAAAAAUAAUACCUUUGCAGCAGAAAUGUGAUAAAAAUACCGUUAAAAAUGUAGUUAAUGUACAUUUUCAGAACUAAUGCAUAUGGUUCUGGAGGGCGGGCCACUUUAUGUAAGUUCAAUAAAGAACCAAGCACCCUGUUAUUUUACAAAGUGCAUCCUCAGAGUCCAUGGAACUCUCUAGCCCAAGCUCAGUCCUCGAGAGUUACCAUCAGGCAACUUUUAAAUGCAACUCUUCUACACAGCUGAAUCAAAUGGCUCGUUAACAGGCCUCUGCAGAGCUGACUGGGCCCCAUCUGAAUACCUCAGGUUUAGCUAGUAGCUCCUGCUCCUAACUCCUAACCCUUCACCUUCUGCAAGGUCACAGUAAGAACUCUGUCCAGAGUAGGAAAGGAGCUGUGCUGAAUCCAGACAGCCUUACAGACGUCAUUAUGCAGUGGACACAAUGUCACUUGAGAAACUGGGAAAACGAUUGUUACAAAAAACAAAAUAUACACAAAUAUAGUGAACCGGUGAGCCUCUUCUUUACAAAACCCAAGACAGAUGUGUAACACACAGUAUAUGUCACAAAAUAUAUUUUUAUUAAACUCUGUGAGGGAGGGGCUGUGCCUAUACAUCCUGUCAUGCAAAGGAUUGUGACAAACUGUAUAGUUCCUAGCGGCGCCAUGGAACAUCAGACGUCCCUUUGCCAAUUGGUUUUGUGCUAGGAAUCAUACUUCUUCCUCAUUCUUAACUGCCAGUACUAUUUGGAUAGCACUUAUGGCAUUCCCAGACAACCUUCUGCAGUGACUAAAGUGUCCUUACUGAUUUAAGGUAUUCAGAUUGAACCAUGUUGUAGGAGUUAUGCUGUUAGAUUCGGGUGCGUUAAAAAAGAGAUACAUCUAAAUGAUAAAGUAGUUCUUGAAGAACUGGGAGUCCUGAAAGCAAAGCCAAAAUGUU